AUGGUGUCUAACCCUGUGCUUUGCGCCUGUCUCUCCACAGAGGAGGUGAGGAGCCGGGAAGCAGCAGAGGAAGAUCGCCGGUCUAUUGGAUGUUGCACGGCAGUGAAGCUCGGUGUGACCCCGGGGAGAGGGCAGGGCCUCGUGUCCGUGCUCCACGGCUCCCAGGGCCUUUUUCAGGACGAGGAGGAGGAGCGUAACACGCGGCGGCUGCAGGCCAGGGGGCUGUGGGCACUGCGCGAGAUCCGGGAGCUGACCGUGGGAGGGGGUCCUGCCAUUGGUGCCCAGUCACCGUCCGAGUGCGGGUCCCAGGAGAAUGAGAGCAGCCUGCAGCAGGCUGAAGACACGGCCCAGGGCAGUGAUGGUAUGUUGGCACCAGAAACUUCCAGCCCCCAGAAGGAGGCUCCUUUUCUGUGCUUGGAUCUCCCCACCAUGCUGGGGUCCAGCUCCACCAGGCGGGAUGAGGAGCAGCCUCAUAUUCAAUCGCCCAGGGCAGCCUUGGCCCGUGAGGAGCUGUUGGAGCCCACCACGUCGUCCACCUCAGUCGCCCAUCUCCGCAAGGUUACCAAGACAACAGGCAGCCAUGUGACCUUUGCCCCUGGUCCGCCCGUGACCCAUGGGCCUCCCCCUGAGGUUGAACGGCUGCCGGCACCCGGCUUCUCCUGUCUGAGGAAGGUUGGGGCCUCAGCAAGCCAGGUCUCCUUCAGGCCCAGCCCCUCAGGACUGCCUCACUCCUCUCUCCACCCCCCUGGGCCCAGGCUGGCAUUCCCCCGCUUCACUAAGCCCUGGGGCCAGAGCAGAGGUUCCAGCCCAGGCUUCUUGGUUCGGCCGUGUCUGGCGGCCGGUGGCGACGAGGACACUGGUGACGAUGGCUUCUCUGACAUGGUGGUGGGCAGCCUGGAUGAUAGGUUCGGAGGUCCACUUAUGCACACUCUAGAUGGCGGCUCCAGUGACAUAAUGGAGGACACACAAGAUGGCGGCUCCAAUGACAUAAUGGAGGACACUCAAGAUGGCGGCUCCAGUGACAUAAUGGAGGACACACAAGAUGGCAGCUCCAGCGACCUCAUGGGGGACAUUGAAGAUGGUGGCUCCAGUGUCCUCCUGGGGGACACCGAAGAUGAUGGCUGCAGUGACCUCAUGGGGGACAUUGAAGAUGGUGGCUCCAGUGUCCUCCUGGGGGAGACGGAAGAUGAUGGCUCUGGUGUCCUGCUUGCAGAUUCUCAGGACGGUGGCUCCAGUGAUCUUCUGGCAGACUGUCAAGAUGGCGGCUCCAGUGACCUCAUGGGGGACACCCAAGAUGGAGAUUCCCAUAACUUCAUGGGGGACACCCAAGAUGGUGGCUCCAGUUUCUUCAUGGAGGACACCCAAGAUGGUGGCUCCAGUGAUUUAAUGGAGGACACCCAAGAUGGCAGCUCCAGUGACAUAAUGGGGGACACCCAAGGUGGUGGCUCCAGUGACUUAAUGGGGGACACCCAAGAUGGCAGCUCCAGUGACCUAAUGGGGGACACCCGAGGUGGUGGCUCCAGUGAUUUCAUGGGGGACACCCAAGAUAGCUACUCUGUGUCCUGUGUCCGGCUGGCAGAUUCUCAGGAUGGUGACUCCAUGGCUGUUAACCAGGAUGGUGAGGGCAGCCACCUGCUGGCCAACUCACAGGACAACAGCAGUGGCACUACACUGAGCUCCCAGGAGGGCGAGAGUACCGACCCUUUGGAGGAUGCACAAGGUGGGGGCCUGGUGCUGGCGGAAUCAUACAGACCCGCUGGGCCAGCUGAGCUUGGAAGGCCCCCUGCCUCCCCAGGGCACGAGCUGCCCCUGGCGAUGGAGGAGCCUGAGGCAGGCCCGUCCCAAGUGAUGGACCCUGUUGCCCAGCCCGACAUGCAGGACGUCUACGCUGAGCUGCAACAGGACAUGUUCUACAAGGCAUUCCUCUUCCACAAGUUCAUGAAGUUGGGCAGUCCUCAGCACAAACCUGGCCAUCAGCAGACAAAAGAGCACCCUUAGGUGCUACCUCCAGCCAGGGAUGUCUCCCUCCCCCCACUGGAAAUCUGAGUUUGUCUCUGUGUAAGUGA